AUGGGUUGCGGGAGCGGCAAGGCGCUGCCCAAGGGCUACGUGAGCAUCGUGCAGUCGCUGGUGGCCUUCAGCAGAGCGCCGCGUGACCGCCCUGGCGGGGACGAGGACCCGAAGAAGACGGUGGAGAAGGGCCACUGGUUUUCCGCAAAAGGAAAGAAGCUGCCAUCAGAGCGGCGGCAGCCGGUGAACUCUGAGACAUACAAAGAUACGUUUGACGCACGCCUCACAGCCAGAUACGACAUCAAGGCCCUGAUUGGGCGCGGCAGCUUCAGCCGGGUGGUGCGGGCCGAGCACAGGGCCAGCCGCCGCCCAUUCGCCAUAAAGCUGAUGGAGGUGGAGGCCCCCCAGGCGCGAGAGGUGUGCGCGGCCGAGCUGGCGGUGCUGCGGCGGGUCAACCACGACAACGUGAUCCGGCUGGUCGAGGUCUUCCAGGGGCAGCGACGGGUCUACAUGGUGCUGGAGUUGGCCACCGGUGGUGAGCUGUUGGACCGCGUGGUCAGCAGAGGGCACUACACUGAGCAGGACGCCACCCGGGCCCUGCAGAUGGUACUUGCUGGGGUGGGCUACCUCCAUUCUCUGGGUAUCACUCACAGAGACCUGAAGCCUGAGAAUGUUCUUUACUACCACCCGGGCGCAGACUCCCGCCUGUUGGUGACUGACUUUGGAUUGGCUACUUUUAGCGGGUCCGAGGCGCCAUGUGGUACCGGGGGAAGCAGCACCUGGUCCUUAAGAACCACAUGUGGAACCCCAGAGUACAUGGCCCCGGAAGUUGUGCUGAGGAGACCCUAUUCCUGCGCGGUGGACAUGUGGGCUUUGGGGGUGAUCGCCUACAUCGUGCUGAGCGGGUCCAUGCCCUUUGAGGACGACUCCCGCAGUCGACUCUACCGGUCCAUUCUCAGAGGGAAAUGCAGCUUCCAUGGAGAGCCUUGGCCGUCUGUGUCCAAGCUUGCCAAGGAUUUCAUCCGAGGUUUGCUGGAACCGGAUCCGGCCCGUCGCCCGACCGCCGACCAAGCCCUCCGUCACUCUUGGGUGGUCACCAUGGCCUCCAGCUCCUCCAUGAAGAACCUCCACAGAUCCAUUUCCCAGAACCUGCGGCAGCGGGCGUCUCGGAACUCCUCGCGGUGCCAGAGCAGGACCACAAACGGGUCGGCCCGAGUGGGUGUGAAGUGGGCCGAGCGGCAGAUGAGUCUUGUUUUUGGAGUCUCAGCGGGAUUGUGCUUCGUGGUCUCACCUGUCUGGAUCAAGCAAAAUAUCCCAUUAUCUCAGGCUCUGCUCCAGGCUCCUGGCUCCUGCAGCGCUAAUAUUUGCUGUUGGAAGGAAGGAAGGAAGGAAGGAGGGGAGCUCACUCCUCUGCAUAGCUUGAAUGCUUUCUUCAUCGAGGAUGCCGAGAAAGUUCAGCGUCUCAUUAAUCUUCCUGUCUUUGAGGCGGGCUGCCAGGCUGCCCCUGAAUCUCAACUCCUGGAUGAAUGUGUUCACGCUUGGAGGAGUUUGGUGUGGAAGAACCUGGACGAACUGUGCCGAAAGUCUCCCCAGAAGCUGUUUUAG